AUGCUAUAUAAUCGAUUCACCGUGCUAGUAACGACGUUGUUGGCGUUGUUGAUUUCGUCAACCCACGCCAAGAGGACUUUGCUGGCCACCUCGUUGGUCACAUGUAUGGACCGUUCUCAAAUCACCCCCAAUCUUUUCAACGUCACUUUUAACCCCGACGACAGAUCCUUGCAAUAUUCCUUGGACUUGACCACUGAAAUCAGCGCAAAAGUCACUGCCCACGUCCAAGUCUACGCUUAUGGCUUUUUGAUCAUUGAAAAAGAUGUCGACAUGUGCUCCAUUGGCUGGAAGCAGUUUUGUCCAAUUUACCCGGGUGUGUUGAAAGUUGACUCUGUUGAAUACAUCAGCAGCAAAUACACCAGCAUGAUUCCUGGCAUCGCCUACCAGGUCCCCGAUAUCGACGCCGUGGUGAAAGUCUUGGUCAAAGAUGAAGAAACAGGCGAAUUGUUAUCGUGCAUCCAAUCGGGUUUUUCCAACGGCAAAACCGUUAGCCAAACUGGUGUCAAGUGGGCCUCCGCCGUGAUUGCAGGCUUGGGCUUGUUAAUCGCGGCCAUGUUGUCGACUUUUGGCAACUCCAAUGCGGCAUCCCACAUUUCCGCAAACUCGGUCUCGCUUUUUCUUUAUUUCCAAAGCGUCGUGGUGGUUUCCAUGCAAGCGGUUGAUCGAGUGCCACCAAUUGCCAGUGCUUGGUCUGAAAACUUGGCGUGGUCGAUGGGGCUCAUCAAGAUCAAGUUCAUGCAAGACAUUUUCCGGUGGUAUGUUCAGCUGACUGGCGGCAACCCAACAACUUAUUUAAAGGGAGUAGUGCAACAAAUUGUCGUUCAAAAGAGGAAAAGAUCGUUGGAGUACGUUGAAGGUCUUGCCAAAAGAGCGCUCGAUUACGGCUUGAGAUCCAAUCGACAGUUGAUCAUUCUUCGUGGCAUUGAAAGAAUCGGCUUUAACUCCAACAUUGAGCCAACUUCGAUUGUGGCCACCGGGUUCACCUGGACGGUGUUGAUUGGAUACUUGCUCGUGGCAUUAUUGGUGAUUGUGAAAUUGGCAGUAAUGGCACUCACUAGAGCGCAAAAGAUGAGCCCCGGAAAUUUCACCGUUUUCAGAGGCAGUUUCCAUAACGUGGUAAAAGGUUCCUUGCUGAGAUACUUGUACCUUGCCUCGACCCAAUUGGUAUUGUUUUCGUUGUGGGAGUUUACCAGAGUCGACUCGGCAGCGUUGGUCGUGUUGGCGGCCUUGUUCAUUGUCCUCCUCCUUGCCAUUGUUGGCUGGUCCUAUUUCAACGUUAUGAAGGUUGGUAAGCAGUCAGUGAAGGAAUACAACAACCCUGCCGCUAGGUUAUACGGCGACAAUAAAGUUUUGGACAAGUAUGGUUUCUGCUACACCAUGUUUCAUGCCGACAAGUACUGGUUUGGCCCCGUGUUGAUUGGCUACAAUGUUUUCAAAGUCAUCUUUAUUGCAUUUUGUCAAACGGGUGUUGCCGGUAAAGUCUCGUGUCUUCCCGUCUUUAUUGCCGACUUGGCCUACACCAUUUUCCUCAUUUGGCAGGCGCCUUACUUGAACAAGCCUACAAAUAUCAUCAACUACACAAUGAGCAUCGUUGUUACCAUCAACUCGUUUUUAUUUUUGUUUUUCUCCGAUUUAUUCAACCAAAAGGCCCCCGUUGCCUCAAUCAUGGGCUGGAUUUUCUUUAUUUUGAAUGCCGCUUUUUCGUUGAUCUUGUUGAUUAUGAUUGUCUUGCUUAUUCUCUUCUCGGUUCUUUCCAAGAACCCCGAUGCCAGAUUUGCACCUGCCAAAGAUGACCGAUUCUCAUUCAAGAGGAAAUCCUCGGUGUUGAGCAAGAGACAAUCGACGCUUUACUUUGGCAAAAGAGAAGCAGAAGCAGAAGGCGACGGAGAAUUGGCGGCAUUGGGGGUUGCUGCUCAAGAUCACUCGCAAGACUGGGAGUCUCAAAUGUACAAAUUGGGCGAAGUGUCGCAAAACAAUUCCAGUAUUUACUCGUUGCCAGAACAUCUAGCACCUAACCACGAUGCAAAUAGAAACUCCGAUGCUAUACUUGAAACCACGUCGGCAUCAUCAUCAUCGCCACUAGAAGAUGCAAACGCAAACCAGCACCAAGUCCAGAACCAACUCCAACGCAGCGGGUCACUUGGAGCAAGAAUCAAGGAUGCAGUGACUCGUCCAUUCGCUAGACGCCCAUCCACACAAAAGAAGACUGCCGAAAGAGCCAUCCACGAAAAACCCCGCCGAGAUGUGACUGUGAAUCUCGACUAUAGUGACGAUGAAAAUUCAGAAAAGGACUCCCCAGCUCCCAUAAGCCACACGUUUGUUCGACAGGACAGAAACACUGCUCAAAAUAUUCACACCAGGAACCAGAGUAGUAGUACUUCUGAGCUAAAUACCAGAAAUCCUACAAGUACCAAAGAUUUCGUCUAG